UUGCCUUGAAUCUUCCUGUGGUCAGAAACUCGUUUUCUCUCUUUUGCUCUUUAGAUUCCACAAGGAACAAGAGCUCAGAACUAAAUGUUGGGGAAUCACUCUAGUGCCACUGAAUUUUAUCUCCUUGGCUUCCCUGGCUCCCGAGAACUACAUCAUAUUCUCUUUGCUAUCUUCUUCUUCUUCUACUCAGUGACAUUAAUGGGCAACAUGGUCAUCAUUGUGAUUGUCUGUGUGGACAGACGUCUGCAGUCCCCCAUGUAUUUCUUCCUUGGUCAUCUCUCUGCCUUGGAGAUCUUGGUUACCACUAAUAUCGUGCCCAUGAUGCUUUGGGGGCUGCUACUCCCUGGGAUGCAGACAGUAUCUCUGGCUGCAUGUGUCACCCAGCUCUUCCUGUACCUUUCUUUGGGGACCACAGAGUUUGCAUUACUGGGAGCGAUGGCUGUGGACCGUUACGUGGCUGUCUGUAACCCUCUGAGGUACGACAUCAUUAUGAACAGCCACACCUGCAUCUGGGUGGUCAUUAUGUCAUGGGUGUUUGGGUUCCUUUUUCAAAUCUGGCCAGUUUAUGCCACAUUUCAGCUUACCUUCUGCAAAUCAAAUGUGGUGAACAAUUUCUUCUGUGACCGAGGGCAAUUGCUCAAACUGUCCUGCAACAAUACCCUUUUUAUAGAGUUCAUCCUGUUCUUAAUGGCUGUUUUUGUUCUUUUUGGUUCUCUUAUCCCUACAAUCAUCUCGUACAGCUAUAUCAUCUCCACAAUCCUCAAGAUCCCCUCAGCCUCUGGCCGGAGGAAAGCCUUCUCUACAUGUGCCUCUCACUUCACAUGUGUCGUGAUUGGGUACGGCAGUUGCUUGUUCCUCUAUGUGAAACCCAAGCAAACUCAAGCAGCUGAUUACAAUAGGGUGGUGUCCUUGAUGGUUUCAGUAGUUACUCCUUUCCUCAAUCCCUUCAUCUUCACCCUCCGAAAUGACAAAGUCAUAGAAGCCCUUCGGGACGGAGCAAAGCACUGGUGUCAACUAUUCAGGAAUUAGUCUUGUCUUAAUUAUUAUGGAUUUUAUAAUGCUCUGAAAAAAACAUACUCCUCUUUGAUCUGCAUCAUAACCAUCAUCAAAUAUUCUGUGUGCAACAAAA